UCAGGGCCACGGGCUUCGUGAAUCUGGCUGGGGCCCAGGACAAAAAUUGGGUUGCAAUUUGUCGCAGUAGAUGGUGUGCGUGUUCGAGACGAACCUUACCUUGCCCGACGUGUUGUGGAGAGAAAGAGAGAGCGAGAUUUGAGAUAGAGGUUUGAGAGAAAGAUUCGAGAAAGGGAUUUGAGGAAGGAUGUGUGGGAGUAGUGUUGUAGGAAUUGGGGCUGUAGCUCACGCGAGGAAGAGGCUUUGAGGUGAAGAAGCGCAUCUCGGGAGAGUUGUGAGGAGUUCGUUGCGGGAGUUUUUGUUAGCGAGAGCGUCUUUUGAGGUGGGUUUCGUGAGAGUAUUGCCUGCGUGACGGUGUUCUGUGUGCGACAUUUAGGGCGAAGAUGGGAACUGGGUUGGAGGCUUGUGGGAAGGUGAGGACAGGCAAUCGCGUGUCCCAAGUGUUGAGGUCGUCGCAGUCCCAAUUCUUGAGUCCGUCGUCGAGCUGCUUCGUGAGGCCGUUUGGGCGGAAGUCGGGAUUGAUCGGUAAGGUUUCCGGGCGGGCGCGGGCCGUGGUGACGCGUGACCCGCCUCGCAGCGCAGCGGUGAGUGGAGGAAGUGGGAGCUCCAAUGGGGCCGCGAAUGGUGUGGUCAACAAUCCCGUGAUGAAAGGGCGGUCGAUGAGAGUGGGAGAGAUGGCAGAGGAAAUGAAGAGGAUGCGGGCCCAAAUGGAGGAAGACGAGCAGGUCGCAUCUCUCAUGCGUGGUCUCCGUGGCCAGAACCUUUCAGAUUCGCAAUUUGCAGCGGAUGACGUUGUGAUGCGUCUUGUCGAGGUAGAUAAUGUACAAGGCGAAGAUAGCCUGCCACUUGUCUACGAUCCUGAAACUAUUGCCGCAUACUGGGGCAAGCGCCCUGGAUCUGUUGCGACUCGUAUUGCUCAACUACUCGGAGUCGCAGGUGGAUUUUUGUCGCGAAUUGCAAUGGACAUUAUAACGAAAAAAGUGAAGGAGAAUGAAGUGAAGCGAGCAAUUGAACUCCGGGAGAUUGUAACGUCACUUGGUCCAGCCUACAUUAAGCUUGGACAAGCUCUUAGUAUUCGGCCUGAUAUACUCUCUCCUUCUGCCAUGACUGAGUUGCAAAAGCUUUGUGAUAAGGUUCCUUCAUUUCCGAAUGAUGUAGCCAUGGCGCUUAUUGAAUCUGAGUUGGGGAAACCCUGGCAAGAAGUUUACUCUGAGCUAACUGAAUCCCCAAUAGCGGCAGCUUCAUUGGGUCAAGUGUAUAAGGGAAAACUUCUCGAGACAGGUGAAACUGUGGCUGUGAAAGUUCAACGACCAUAUGUUUUGGAGACCGUGACAAUUGAUCUCUUUAUCAUCCGUCGUCUGGGUGUUGCUCUUCGCAGAUUCCCUCAGAUUGCUACAGACAUUGUAGGGCUUGUUGACGAGUGGGCAGCUCGAUUUUUUGAAGAGCUGGAUUAUAUCAAUGAAGGAGAAAAUGGGACAAGAUUUGCUGAGCAAAUGAAAGUUGACCUUCCUCAGGUCGUUGUACCCAAGACUUUCACAAAGUACACUUCACGACGGGUUUUGACAACCAGUUGGAUAGAAGGAGAGAAACUCUCACAAAGUACUGCUAGCGAUGUUGGUGAUCUUGUGAACAUUGGAGUUAUCUGCUACCUGAAACAGCUACUGGACACCGGGCUAUUUCAUGCGGAUCCACAUCCUGGCAACCUUAUUCGUACACCUGAGGGCAAACUGGCUAUACUCGACUUUGGCCUUAUGACUCAAAUCACUGAUAACCAGAAGUAUGGAAUGAUUGAAGCCAUAUCUCAUUUGAUUCACCGAGACUAUGAGGCCAUCGUUGAAGAUUUUGUUCUCCUGGAUUUCAUUCCUGAAGGCGUUAAUUUAGCGCCAAUCAUGCCAGUUCUUGCAAAAGUGUUCGAUCAAGCCUUAGAAGGUGGUGGUGCAAAAAAUAUCAACUUCCAAGAGCUUGCCGCGGACCUGGCACAAAUCACUUUCGAUUAUCCUUUUCGAAUUCCACCGUACUUUGCACUUAUUAUCCGUGCAAUUGGUGUACUCGAAGGAAUCGCUUUGGUUGGCAAUCCAGACUUCGCUAUUGUUGAUGAGGCUUAUCCAUAUAUUGCCCAAAGGUUAUUGACGGACCCUUCUCCUAGACUGAGGGAGGCGUUGCGUUAUACCAUAUAUGGGCGAAAUUCAAACUUCGAUGCAGAAAGAUUCAUUGACGUAAUGGAAGCAUUUGAAACGUUUACGGUAGCAGCUAAGAGUGGUGGAGGAGAAGAAAUGCAAGGGAGUUCUGCAUUCUCAGGUGCAGUUGCUGGCAAAUCUCCUGCUGCAGGUGGUUCUUUGGCUCGAGUAGGGCAGCAAGGGGGUGUGCAGACUAGGGCUGCUUUGAGCUUCUUGAUUUCAGAGCAGGGCGAGUUUUUCCGAGAAUUCAUAUUGGAUGAGGUUGUUAAGGGAAUUGAUGCAGUGACACGAGAGGAGCUGGCCAGAAUUGUGAUGACUUUAGGUCUUCAGAGAUUUGACCCUAUCCUAAAUUCUUUUGCUCUACCUGGGUUUCGGAGACAUCUCUCACUUGUGCCCACUGUCACGAAGGAAGAUGAGGUAGUGCUCAACAACAUGCGGCGGGUCGUAGCAUUUCUUUCGUCUGGCUCUCCAGCGUCUCGGUCUAUUUCAGAACAGGGAGACGUGAACCUUCAAGAAGUGUUGAGAGAUUUGCUGCCAGUGCUUCCAGAUGUUGCAAGAAAUAUUCUACCUGACCUCCUGAACCGACUCACAUCCCGGGUUGCAGCCCGUACCCUUCGUGAAAUCUUUCUGUAGUUCGGUCUUUUGAUUCUCAUCAAUUUCAAUUCUAUUAUAUUGUCUUAGGUCAAGAUUCUACAUGUAGGUAAUCACAUAUUUUUUAGUGCACAUCGUUGUACUUGUUAGAUGCGGCUCAGAAGUGUACAUGAACUGCCAUUGUUCAUCAACAUUUGUACAUCAUUCAAUUAGUGACACACACCAGGAGCAUGCCUAGCACGAAUCUAGAUUACUUCUAGGUAUUUUCGAGACCUGUAUUUUAGCCGCUGUUUGUCCAGUAUUCAACUAGGCUGAGACCAGCGUUUGUAAGAGUACCGACUCUCUUUGGAUUCCUGGAAAUCACUUGCAUGGACGCUGAAGUCUUUUCGCAUGUUAUAUUCUUUUACUGCUGUAAAUAUUUACUUGGAAAA